AUGGAAAUAGUCGCGAAGACAUUGAUCGUCAAGAAUCAUGGUUCAAUAAAAGGAAUCUCGACGACGAGCGCUUCAGAACUAUUCCAACACCGUGAACUAGCAUCUUGCUUACACUCUACGAGCGCUGUUCGAUCUGUGCAAGGGCUCCAACUUGCUAUUCCUGGACUAGGUUUCACUGAGACGCAAGCGGUUACCGAAGAAGCCCAUGUUGACCGCUUGAAAUUGGAGUCGGACGCUAGCUCCAACUCCACAGGACUUGACGACAGGACCGACGUCCAACAAGAAACGCAGCGUGAUCGACAUGUCCAUGAGCUUGUGCGCAAGUUUACAACACAGUCUGAGCAGCAAAAUGUUGGCUCACCCUUCACCGACAAUGUGCACGAACGACUUGACCCCAAGAGCGACCAUUUCCGUGCCAAAGAUUGGGCUCGAUCGUUUUAUGACCUGCGCUAUAAUAGCGAAGAAACCAUUCCUCGUGUUGCCGGCGUCGCUUUCAAAGGUCUGAAUGUCUGGGGCAAAGGUUCGCCAACUGAUUUUCAAUCGUCAGUCGGUAACACCAUCCUCAAGCUUCCUUCUUUGUUCGGUAGAGGCACGCAGAAGAUUGAGAUCUUGCGAGGUCUAGACGGACUACUCCUUCCGGGAGAGCAACUAUGUGUCCUUGGGCCACCUGGAUCAGGAUGUUCUACGUUGUUGAAGACUAUUGCCGGCGAGACUCAUGGUUUCCAAGUCAGCCCCGACUCGUAUUUGAACUACCAGGGAGUGCCAGCAAAAGACAUGAACUCCUUGUUCCGUGGGGAAGCUAUAUAUACCGCAGAGGUUGAUGCGCAUUUUCCCCAGUUAAGCGUGGGUGACACGCUGUACUUCGCUGCCCUAGCUCGAGCACCUCGUGUCAUUCCUGGUGGCAUCAGUCGCCAGCGCUACGCUGAACAUCUACGAGAUGUCGUCAUGGCUAUGUACGGUAUCUCGCAUACGUCCAACACACGUGUCGGCAACGAUUUCGUUCGAGGGGUUAGCGGAGGUGAGCGUAAGCGAGUAACGAUUGCUGAGGCCUCUCUCAGCUUUGCACCUCUCCAGCUAUGGGAUAACUCGACUCGUGGCUUAGACUCAGCGAACGCGGUCGAGUUUUGUAAGACGCUGAGGACCCAGUGUGACGUCUUCGGUGCAACUUGCGUGAUCGCCAUCUAUCAAGCUCCACAAGCCGCAUAUGAGGUUUUCGAUAAAGUCACUGUACUGUACGAAGGCCGACAGAUUUACUUCGGACCGUCGAACGAAGCGCGCGCAUAUUUCGAACGUCUUGGCUUCGAAUGCCCUGCCUCCCAGACAACGCCAGAUUUCCUCACCUCUAUGACGUCCGCAUCUGAGCGCCGUAUCAGAAAGGGUUUCGAGAACACCACGCCCCGUACCUCCGACGACUUCGCUCGAUGCUGGAAAGAAAGCCCCGAACGUCAACGGCUGUUGCAAGCGAUAGAAGACUACAACAACACCUAUCCUCUCAAAGGCGAGCAGCACGAACGCUUUGCACUAUCCAGGACCUUGGAGAAGUCGAAGAAACAACGGCAGAAGUCGCCGUAUACCCUAUCUUACUGGAGGCAGAUCCGUCUCUGCAUGUGGAGAGAUGUGCAAGGACUCAAGAAUGACCCGAGUGUUCCUCUGACUAUGCUCAUUGUCAACUUCUUCGAGGCGCUCAUCAUAUCGAGUAUCUUCUACAACCUACCUCAGUCGACCGCAUCGUUCUUCAAGCGUGGCGGAGUCUUGUUCAUGGUCGUACUGCUUAAUGCUUUCGGAUCGAUGUUGGAGAUCAUGAAUCUCUACGCAAAGCGUACUAUCAUUGAGAAGCACAAUCGGUAUGCUCUUUAUCAUCCCUCCGCGGAGGCGUUGUCGUCGAUGAUUGUGGACCUGCCAUACAAGAUCACCAACAGUCUUGUUGUCAAUACGACAUUGUACUUCAUGUCCAACCUACGCCGAGAGCCCGGCCCAUACUUCUACUUCUUGCUCGUUGGGUUUACCACCGGCCUCUCCAUGAGUAUGUUUUUCCGGCUAUUCGCUUCGAUGACGAAGAAUAUCGCCCAAGCGCUUGCUCCAAGCUCUCUCAUCCUAAUGAUGCUCGUACUCUAUACCGGCUUCGCUAUCCCGAUCCAGUAUAUGCAAGGAUGGGCAGGUUGGUUCCGAUGGAUCAAUCCGGUUUCGUAUGGCUUCGAAAAUGUCAUGGUCAACGAGUUCCACAAUCGGACAUUCGUUUGUUCGUCUUUCGUUCCCUCUGGGCCAUCAUAUGAGAACGUCGCCCCCGAACAGCGAGCAUGUGCUGUGCAAGGCUCUCAACCAGGUCUGGACUACGUCAGUGGUACCGCAUACGUCGAGACUGCCUUCCGAUAUAACUACGGCGAGCGAUGGUCAAACUACGGCAUCAUUGUAGGCAUCACGGUUGUUCUCUUCCUUGCUCACUUGAUCAUGAGCGAGUUGGUUGCUUCCGAGCGCUCCAAGGGCGAAGUACUUGUGUUCCGCCGUUCCAAAAUGAAGAAGACGGCCAAGAAGCAGGGCGUUGACGAGGAAGCUGGAGGGGCAACUGUCCACGAGGGCGAGAAGAUCAGUCGUACCACGGAGUUGGAACCUGGAAUGCAGAAGCAGGUGUCCAUCUUUCACUGGGAGAAAGUUACUUAUGAAGUCCAAAUUAAGGGAGAAACCCGUACUAUCCUAGACGGUGUGGACGGAUACAUCAAGCCGGGUACGCUGACAGCGCUUAUGCCGCCGGAGUAUGGACGCGAAGAACGAUUGGCAUAUGUCGACCACGUCAUUCGACUCUUGGACAUGGAAGAGUACGCGGAUGCGGUCGUUGGUAUUCCCGGAUCUGGACUGAACGUUGAGCAACGCAAGCGCCUCACCAUCGGCCGCUUCAAUCGACUCCUUUUACUUGCCAAAGGUGGAAGGACUGUAUACUUUGGUGAAAUCGGCCGUGACUCCGAAACCCUCCUCGAUUACUUCACCCGCAACGGAGCGCCAGCAUGCCCACCCGGUACCAACCCUGCCGAGUACAUGCUUGCAGCAAUCGGUGCCGCACCUGGCGCACGAACCGAGAUUGACUGGCCUACCGUCUGGAAGUCCAGCAAGGAGUACGCGCACGUACAGGGUGAACUAGCCAGUCUCAGAGAACUUGCCAACCGGCCUUCUGCUGUCAUGGACUCAGCCGACGCCAGCCAUCAAGUCUUUGCAGCCUCUUUCAUGGAUCAACUCCGCGCUGUAGCCAUGCGAUGCGCACAACAAUAUUGGAGGACGCCGUCAUACAUCUAUUCGAAGGCUAUCUUGACCAUUGGCUGCUCGUUGUUGAUUGGGUUUUCGUUCUUCGACAGCGACAACACCAUGCAGGGUCUGCAAAACCAGAUGUUCGGCGUAUUCAUCUUCUUGUUCGUGGUCAUCCAACUCAUCUACCAAAUCAUGCCGAUGUGGAUUUCACAACGAACUCUGUACGAGGCCCGAGAAAGGCAGUCAAAGACCUAUGCUUGGCAAGCAUUCGUUCUCUCCAACAUCUUCAUCGAGUUGGCUUGGAAUGCUUUCAUGGCGAUCUUUUGCUUCCUUGUGUGGUACUAUCCCGCCGGCUUGUAUCGCAACGCAGAAGCUACGGAUGCAGUCAACAUCCGCGGUUUCCACGCUCUUCUCAUCGUCGUAGCCGUCUUCAUUUUCGCAAGCACCCUCGCACAUCUCCUCAUCGCCGGCUCGCCCAACGAAGAAAUUGCUGGUGCCAUAGCUACACUGGUUACCAUCAUGCUAUACGCCUUCUGCGGCAUUCUCGCAGGACCCAGCGAUCUGCCCGGCUUCUGGAUCUUCAUGUAUCGCGUCAAUCCUUUUACCUACCUAGUGUCGAGUUUCAUGUCGACUACGCUAGGUCAGGCGUCCGCUUAUUGCGCCGACUCGGAGUUCCAAGUUUUCUUCCCACCACAGGGUCAGACGUGUGGCGAAUACAUGUCUGAGUAUAUUGACACGGCUGGUGGCUAUCUUCGAGAUGCGGAGGCGACCGGGCAAUGCGAGUUUUGCCAGAUGGACUCAACCGACCAGUUCCUCUUGCGUAUUCACGCGGACUGGAAUACCCGCUGGAGAGAUUUUGGUCUACUCUGGGUCUACGUUGCAUUCAACAUUGCGGUAGCGAUCUUCUUGUAUUGGCUUUGUCGCGUUCCUAAGGCGAAGAAGGUGAAGAAGAGCGCGUAG